CUAUAUGGUAUCAGAGUUUAUUGGGGUGUGGUAUAAUAGUAGGCGAUAUUUCUGCAGCAGUCUGGAUCAAUCUAGGCUAGAUUAACUUCUUUUGCUGUUUUCUCGAUUUGUUUUCCAGUAUAGAGGUCAAAUAUUUAAAAUGUCUUUGGAAAUGUAUUUGGAUCUUCUUUCGCAGCCUUGUCGCUCUGUUUACAUCUUUGCCAAGAAAAACAACAUACAGUUCGACUACAAGAAGAUUGCGUUGUUUGAGGGUCAGCAAUAUACUGAAGAGUUUGGUAAAGUCAGCAUGCUAAGAAAAGUACCAGCAAUCAGAGAUGGAGACUUUUGCUUGGCUGAGAGUAUUGCAAUUCUGAUGUACCUGGCAGAGAAGUUCCACACUCCGGACCACUGGUACCCAGUCGACUUGAAGAAGCGUGCCAAAGUAAAUGAAUAUCUGUCAUGGCAACACUCUGCCAUGCGUAUACAUGGAUCCAAGAUGCUCUGGUUCAGGCUCCUGAUUCCAGCUAUGGGAAUAGAGAUUCCUAAAGAAAAGAUGGACCUUGCACUAGAGGAUCUUAAUGCAUCACUGAAUCUUGUUGAGCAGAACUUUCUUCAAGACAAACCAUUCAUUUGUGGUGAUCAAAUCUCAUUGGCUGAUCUGGUUGCUAUAGUGGAAAUCAUGCAGCCUGUAGGUGCUAGUCUGGAUGUGUUUGAGGACAGACCUAAGCUCAGGGCAUGGAAGGACAGGGUCAGAGAAGCAAUUGGGGCUGAGCUGUUUGAUGAGGCCCACCAGAGCAUCCUCUCUGCUCAGGAGAUGGUAGAAACCAUGGAACCUGGCAAGAUGGAGUUAUUUAAACCCAAAAUUUUGAAAUAUUUCCUCUAAUCAACAAGCUGGAAAUACACGUUGUUUGUUAAAACCAGCAGAUAUAAAAAUAUUUAACCUAUAAUUGUAAUACAUCUAAUAAUGUUCUCAUUCAUUACAUUCCAUGUAAGCAUUUUGUGUAAGAAUAAAAUACAUUCAUUCAUUUGAA